ACGUUGAUGCUGAAUGAGGGAAACUAAGAUGCGACGUCGACGCACAAGUCCUAUGCAUAGUAACACCACCAAGCCAGUGCGAGUUGUUGUGCUAGGAAAAGACGGAGUUGGCAAAUCUGCUUUGACCGUCAGGUUUCUUACCCGACGAUUUAUCGGUGAAUACGACCAGACAUUGGAGUCCACCCAUCGUCACAUAUUGCAAAUUGAUAAUGAAGACGUCUCUCUGGACAUCUCGGACACAGCAGGAGAGUGCACAGGAGACAAGCUACGACGGUGGACCCGACGGGGAGACCUUUAUCUUGUGCUUUAUUCGAUAGUUGAUCGGUCAAGCUUCGACGAGGCUCGGUGGAUCGCUCGGUACGUGAAAGAUCAUCGGAAUACCGACUCCAUGUCAAUGGUGAUCGUGGCAACAAAGAAAGACUUGGACCAUUUACGUCGCGUUGAUAUUGAGGAAGGACUCGGUUUCUCAAACGAACUUGAUUGUACGUUUUACGAGGUAUCUAUAUCUGAGGGGUAUAACGAAGUACAGGAAUUACUCCAUGAAUUGCUGAAACGAAUAACACGGAAUCGGGGAGAAAAAGGAACUGAGAAAAAAGACUCCUUCAAAGAGAAGAAGGAUUCGUUUAAAGAGAAAAAGGACUCGUUUAAAAUCAUUGACAAAAAAGACUCUCUUAGAGUACCCGUUCUUAAUCUAAAACGUAGUCCAUCGCUUGAAAGGAAAAAACGAACAUCUUCGCUUGAUAAGUACUCGGAUAAGACACCACAGGUAGAUCGAAAAGACUUACUUUCGUCACACAGUUUUAAGGCCGGAACUGGAACCAAAAAAUUAGAUAGAAACCAAGAGGAUGUGAUAAACAAUAAUGUGCAACAUAAUGGCUACAAAGGCCUAAGUUCUGUUGAUGGAGCGGAGGAAUCACCCGCAAAACCAAGAUCAGUAAAUAAAAGCGUUAACCCAGCUCCGAGAAAAAAGAGCCCGUUUGGCAUUGAGAAAACCAAAGGGACUUCAUCGGUUAACGAACUUGGCGUUAGCGUGGUAACGGACUCUAAUAAGUCUGCGCCUUUUGGCCUGCAAAAGACAAAAUCCCCAGGCUCAAGGCAAGAUCAGAGUGGCUCGAUGGAUAACUAUGAUAAGCCAAAAGGGCCUUUCCUGUUGGAUAGGCUAAAAAGUCCAUCGACAGAUAAACUGCGACACGCACCAUCAACUGAGCGUCUUGCUCCGACAUCCUCGUUUGGUCGCUUUAGGGAAGGGUUUGGCAAAACGUUUGGCCGGAAGAAAGCGAUAUAUCUAUAAAACAUUUAGGGCCCCUUAAAGAAGGUUUUUAGCUAAAGGCUUGUUGUCACUAGGACGCAAGCGAGUAUGUGAGAUUAGCAAGCGCAAGCCCAAGAAUUAAAGCAUAGUCCAUUCUCUUACGCUAGCUCUUGCGCUUGCGUCCCAGUGAAAAUCGGAACUUUAAGCCCGGUGCACACGGUGAGGAAAAUGUCACUACCUCGCGAGGCCAAAAACCCACAGUGUGGGGACGUCAAUCGAACGGAAUUACGUCUUGCGAUCAAUUGAGGCGAAAUUCUCACCUGCGAACUGUCAGUUUUUGGCCUUGCAAGACAGUGAGUACCCUGGUUCCAGAGGCUCCAAGUUUCAUUACUCACGAGCCGCGACAAAGAGACGCGAAGCGGCGACCGAGCCAUUAAAAAGAGAGAAGGAACGAAGGAGACUUUGGAACCAGGGUAGGCAGUGGCCAAAGUGCACGCGUGAAGUUUUCCUCACCGUGUGCGCCGGGCUUUAUGUGGCGUUGCACUUGCGCAUGUGUCGUUAGUAAAACCAAACAUUUGAGCGAAAAGAACGAAUUUUAUCACUUUCUUUUUAAUAUGCAAUGUUAAGUGUUAUUUUUUGAAACGCCCUAUUCUUCGCAAAGGUAUAUUCUCGGUAUAUUUUCUACCAAUAUUCUCCAACCUUUUUAACCGGAAAACGAGGAUGUGCGCGCUUUUGAGAUGGGAUGAUUAAAGACUUUGCAAGUUC